CUCAUACGUCACUUCCGGAGAUCAAUGGCCUAACUAUCCAAAAAACAGGAGCGGGUACGGCAAGGAAGAUUCCUGUGCAGACGGGGCAGAUAUGGGUCGGAGGAGAGCGCCGGAGGCUGGGACCCUCGGUCGGGCUCUUAUCCGCCAGCAAGUUCAGCGGAGCCGUAGCCAUCGUCACACCGACUCCUGGUUGCACACAAGUGAACUCAAUGAUGGCUAUGAUUGGGGUCGUCUUAAUCUUCAGUCCGUGACUGAACAGAGCUCCCUGGAUGACUUCCUUGCCACUGCAGAACUUGCAGGAACAGAGUUUGUAGCUGAGAAGCUUAAUAUUAAAUUUGUGCCUCCUGAGGCUGGAACUGGACUACUGUCUUCUGAGGAGAACCAGAGAAUUAAGAAACUCCAUGAAGAAAACAAACAGUUCUUGUGUAUCCCAAGGAGACCAAAGUGGGACCAAAACACUAGUGCAGAAGAACUCAAACAGGCAGAGAAAGAUAACUUUCUAGAAUGGAGACGUCAACUUGUCCGGUUGGAAGAGGAACAAAACCUGAUAUUGACUCCAUUUGAAAGAAAUUUGGAUUUUUGGCGCCAGCUCUGGAGGGUGAUUGAAAGAAGUGAUAUCGUGGUCCAGAUAGUAGAUGCUCGAAAUCCACUCCUAUUUAGGUGUGAGGAUUUGGAAUGUUAUGUGAAAACAGUUGAUGACAACAAGGAGAAUGUUAUUCUAAUAAAUAAGGCUGACUUGAUGACUGCUGAGCAGCGGAGUGCCUGGGCCGAGUUCUUCGAAAAGGAAAAUGUGAAGGUCAUUUUCUGGUCGGCUUUGUCUGAAGCCAUUCAACUGAUUGAUGACUCUAAGGAAGAAGUAAAUGGAGACAGUGCAGAAGCCAUCACAGCUGAGUUUGAAAACUCCAGUUGUGACGAAGCUGAAACUCUACACAAAGAGACUGAACAUCUUUCAGUUAAUGAAGUUGCCAGGAGUGAUGAAGAUGACAGUGAGUAUGAGGACUGCUGGCAGGAGGAGGAGGACUGGCAGACGUGUUCGGAAGAGGGCAGCGGCCCCGACGAGCAGGCCUGCGGCCAGGAUUGGAAGGAGCGCUGUACUGUGCGUUCUGAGGCGCAAGGAAGGAAGACCCCCCAGCAGAGGCAGAUACACAAUUUUAGCCACCUGGUAUCAAAGCAGGAAUUACUGGAGAUCUUUAAACAGCUACACUCUGGAAAGAAGGUGAAGAAUGGACAACUUACUGUUGGACUGGUGGGCUACCCAAACGUUGGUAAGAGUUCAACAAUCAACACCAUCAUGGGCAACAAGAAGGUGUCUGUGUCUGCCACGCCCGGUCACACCAAGCAUUUUCAGACUCUCUAUGUGGAACCUGGCCUCUGCUUAUGUGACUGCCCAGGCCUGGUGAUGCCGUCCUUUGUCUCUACCAAAGCUGAGAUGAUUUGCAGUGGAAUCCUCCCGAUUGACCAGAUGAGAGAUCACCUCCCACCUAUAUCACUAAUUUGCCAGAAUAUUCCAAGACAUGUUUUAGAAGCUACGUAUGGCAUUGACAUCAUAAAACCUAGAGAAGAUGAAGAUCCCCAGCGACCUCCAACGUCAGAAGAGCUGUUGACGGCUUAUGGAUGUAUGCGAGGAUUCAUGACAGCACAUGGACAGCCAGACCAACCUCGAUCUGCACGCUACAUCCUGAAGGAUUAUGUCAAUGGUAAACUCCUGUACUGUCAUCCUCCUCCUGGAAGAGAUCCUCUGACCUUUCAGUAUCAACACCAGCGACUCCCAGAGAAAAAAGCGAAUGGUGGGGAAAUAAAAAUGCAGCCACGCAGAAAUAAAAAAGCAAAUCAGAUUGAAAAUGUAGUGGACAAAACUUUUUUCCAUCAGGAAAAUUUGAGAGCUUUGACCAAAGGAGUCCAGGCUGUCAUGGGCUACAAGCCUGGGAGUGGCCUGGUGACGGCAGCUACUGUGAGCAGGUCUGAGACGGGGGCUGGGAAGCCCUGGAAAAAACAUGGCAACAGAAAUAAAAAAGAGAAAAGUCGUAGACUCUAUAAGCACCUGGAUACGUGAACUUGGGCUGCAACAGAAGUAGCAUCUGCACUGUGCAUCUGUGGUGCUAUAGGGUGGACCCUGCCCUUGUGAUUCACACCCAACAGCUGAUAUCAAGACCGAGGGGCUCCUCAGAGCACCAACUCCAAUUAACAGGGUCGUCUUGGAGCCCCAGAAACCUGUUCCUGUAGGAGGCUGAAUCUGAGAUGGGGGAAUGAAUGAUGUAUGUUUAUUUGUGUAAACAUAUAUACAGAUGCAUAGUAAUUUGUAAUCUGGGAAUUUUUUGAAGAGAUAUUAAAAUUAAAUUGCCACAUGGAUUUUUUAUUUGUUCGUGUAGCUACACUGCAAUUUGGACAUUUCACAUUAUUUAAACAAUUUUAAUCUGCUAAAACAUGCUGGGAUUUUAGAUGGAUUUUUGAGUACAUUAUGAGAUUUGUGAUUCUCCGUCUCACACACAUACCCAAUACACACCCCGAAUAUGGCAGAAGGCAUAUCACGUCUUGGAAUAGGGGCUAGCACGGGUGAUUUUUAAAAGCCCUUGAAGAGCAUAAUCCUCUGUUGAAAGUCGCCGUGAGUCUCUUCCCCAGAGGGGAGCGUGGGUUUUUCUAUAGCCAGACCCACAGCGAGUGAGGAAAGUGGCAGCUAAGCAGCUGGUUCUUGUUUUAGGUGUAGGGAUCCUUGACGUCCUUAGCACUUAGGACCAUCAGGAGUAGUUGACCAACAAGGGCAGUUGACCUUUUACAAUCACCUUUGUAAUACACUAUGGCUGCUUCAGCCUCUCACUUCUUUACUUUUGUCUCUCUUUUUCUCUGAGCCUCAUUAGUCCCUUAAUUCAGAUCCUUACCUUGUUCUGUGUCAUAGAUAUUUUUGGAAAUCUAAUGGAAGUUAUAAAUGCUUUCUCCAGAAAAAUGCACAUUCUCACCUACACAAUUUUGCAAAAUGUAUCAGAACAUUCACAGGUCCCCAAAGUUCAUGAAUUCACUGUUAAGAAGCCUUGCCUUGGGAAUUCCCUGGUGGUCCAGUGGUUAGGACUCUGCUUUCACUGCCAAGGGCCUGGGUUCUAUCCCUGGUGGGGGAACUAAGAUCCCGCAAGCCAUGAGGUGUGGCCAGAAAAAAAGGUGUUAAAAAAAAUAUUUUUUAUUUAAAAAAAAUUUUUUUUAAAAGAAGGCUUGCCUUUAACUGACCAUAAUGUAUUUGGUAUAUUUGAAAAUUGUUAUAUAUGGGAAAUUAAAAAUUUUUGUUCAUUAAUAAGUAUUCAUUGACCAAAUUUUAAUUUUCAUGAAGUCCAAAUUUAUCUUUUUUUGCUGUGGUUGCUUGUGCUUUUGGUAUUAUAAUUAAGAAAGUA